AUGAGCUGUAAGAAGUCAAAGAAGGUCGAAAUCAGCGAUAGUUUACGUCUCCGUCCUCAUGAGGAUGAGGCGUUAAGGGCAAGGGAUCUGAAUGAGCUGUGUUCUACGAGUCUUCUUUCCCUACGCGGUCAGCUCCGCCGAUAUCAGCGACAUGGAGCUGGAUGUACAACCUCGGAUGUAAGCUUGUCUGGCUUAUCGCGCCGCUGCAGAAUGGAUAUACUGCUGCUUCGUAAAGCCGCUGCCGCAGGCACCCGAGAUCGCCCUUGGCUUUCGGGAUUGUCCGGCAUUGCGCACCCCUCCGUUGUGCGCCGACGACGCGAGUCACCGAGGCUGCCCACGUGCGACUCAGUGGGGAGGGAGGGUGGCAAUACUGGGACGGCUCAGAUCGGUCAUCCGCUGUCAGGCUUUGCAGUGGGGUCGGCUUUACGAUUACACCCGAACCCGAGGCGUCAUCGGAGUAUCUUCGGCGAGAUUAUCAAGCCAAGAUCUUCGCUCCGCUUCCCUUUGCUUACUGCCGCUUUUUGUUCUUCUGCGCCUCCCGUAGCACUUCGGGAAGGGCAGAAAGCCAGGGUGGGCCAAGGACCUGUUGAAGAGUUGAGGUGGUAUGACGCGGCCGCAAAUAUAGGCUGA